AGAAAGUUAUGCCGAAAUUCGGCCUUAUCCAUCAUUCUCCAUCAAAAAUCCUCUCCCCCUUAAAAACGCGCCACAUUUGCUUCUCCUUUUUAUUUAAAUUAGAAAAGUUAAAAACAUCCCCCUCUCUCUCUCAUAAAGCUUAAGGCCAAAACCCUUCCUCUCUCUUUUUCUUUCCCCCUGCGUCUCUCUUUUCCGAGCAAAGCAAAAACCCUAAUCUCUUUUUCUUUUUUAAUUUUGCCGUAAAAUUUAAUAAUGCUCCCUCACUCGUACGCCGUCGAUUCCCUUUCACGAUCCCAAGACCUGGCCUCUGCAAUCCUCGCCUCCACCACUCCCUCCCAAAUCUCCGCCACCUGCGCCUCCAUCGAUUUCUUCCUACAAUCGCAUUCACCUGACCAAUCCCGCCAUUUCUUCUCCAUCACCUUCCCUAUCCUAAUCUGCAAACUCUUCGGCUUCGAUGACGCCUCGUCACUGCCUCCUCCGCCACCGUCUCAGAAACCUCCGUCCAAUGGAUGGGUCGAACUUGCCUCUCAAUCUAGCCUCCCAGAUUUAUCCUCCAAAAUCUUCUCUCUCCUUUCCCCAAACGGAACCUUGAUGAACUCAAUUUCAGCUGUUGAUCGACAUUCCCUUGUCAAAUACGUUUUCCCUGUUGAACGCCUCCCCGAGUGGGUCCGCUUCAUGUUGUCUAACGAAAAAUAUUUCCGGGUUAUAUCCGAUUUGUGCCCUUUCUUUAAAGGUAAAGUCAAGGAAGAUGCUGUUCAGGGCUCUUUGUGUCAAAUUCAAUUGAAUGUUUUCGAAUACUACCUGUUUUGGUUCGCUUAUUACCCCGUUUGUAAAGGGAACAGCGAAAACUUGGACUCGAAUUCUGUAAAACGAAGCAGGAAGUUUAGGUUAGAGAAUUGGACGCGCUCAAUUCGGGGGUUUUCAGGGUCAAGUAAGCGUGAAAUGGAGCAAAAAUUUGAGGGUAAUCUUUAUAUACAGCUUUUAUAUGGUUAUCUUCGUGCAUUUGUGCCUAUAUUUGAUUUGGGUGCUCACCAACCCUAUCGUAGUUCAAUUUUGAAUUACUCUUUGAAGUGUGAUGGUUCUGUUAUAGUUCGUGCUGAGUUUUUGGUAAACGUUUUUGUGCAUUAUUGGUUGGUUGAUAAUGAUUUUUCGCCACUACCUGUUAAUGUAUGCAAAUCCUUUGGUGUGUCGUUUCCGUUUAGGUCAAUGUUGGGGGAGAUCCCACCAACAAGCGGGCUGGGUGAGGUGGUGAAGUUGUUUGUGAAGUACUUGAAUUUAAGCUCAGUGAUGAGUACAGAUGGGUUUGACAAUAUUGAGUGUAAUGAAAGUCCAAGGUGGAGAGUUUCUGGUGGUUUUGACAGUGGGGGGUCAAGGGACUUGGUUUCCUUGUCGCCUAGUGUGUGUUCGGUUGGUUCUUGGAACUCUUGGAUACAAAGGCCAUUGUAUAGGUUUAUACUGAGAACAUUCCUGUUUUCUCCUGUGGGAACUUCAAUGAAGAAUACAUCUCAGGUUUUCUCUGUAUGGGUUAGUUAUAUGGAGCCUUGGACAAUUAGCUUGGAUGAUUUUGCAGAGCUUGAUGUGGUUAUCAAUGGAUCAAGUAAAGAUGUGAGGAAUCAAGAAACAGAGUCUCAAAAUUCUGGAUAUUCGCCUGUAUGGCAAGCCUUUGUGCUGUCUAAUUUUCUAUACUACAGUUCACUGGUUAUGCAUUUUAUUGGGUUUGCACACAAGUUCCUUCAUACAGAUCCAGAAGUAAUUGCCCAGAUGGUAUUGAAGGUUAUAAGUUUGUUGACAUCCUCUAAAGAGCUGGUUGAUCUUAUAAAGAACGUAGAUGUGGUUUUUCAUUCUAAACAAGCUGUAUCAAGCAAAUCAGCACUCAAUAGCUUGUAUAGAAUUGUUCCUUCAAUUCGUGAACAAUUGAAGGAUUGGGAGGAUGGAUUAUGUGAAAGUGAUGCUGAUGGAUCUUUCUUGCAUGAAAACUGGAACAAAGAUCUAAAACUCUUUAGUGAUGGGGAAGAUGGAGGACAACGACUACUUCAGUUGUUUAUAUUGCGUGCAGAAGCUGAGUUGCAAGGUGGUGAUAUUGCACAUGCGCCCAGCCUGCAGAUCAUAGAUUCAUUAAAAGAAAAAGUGAGCUACUUGUUUGGUGGCUCUACGGUGAAGCCAAUUCCAAUUUCACCUGAACUGAGACAGCCUCAACACACCCGUGAUGAGCUCUUCAAGCCCAGAAGAGUUGGCGACCAAACAUCAUCUAAUGUCACAUACAAGGGUGACUGGAUGAAACGCCCCAUCUCCGAUGAUGAGGUUGCAUGGCUUGCAAAGUUGCUUAUUUGGUUAUCCAGUUGGUUGAAUGAAAGCCUUGGCCUAAACCGCCCAGAAGAUAAUGAUGUGGGUUCUAAGUGGUUCUAUGUGAACAUCCCAGGUGAUGCAGUAAACCUGAACGGAUCAGGUGAGAUCGUGAAAACUCUGGUUUGCUUAAUUGGUUCUUGGCUUUUAAUGAUGGGAACAACAACAACGAGAUUAAUGAGAAAACACGGUUUAAGGAUAAAUCUUAGGGUGUUGGCUUCCAAGAAGGUGGUGAUGGUGUUGCUCAUAUUUGUUGUAUUUAGUGUAUUGAAGAAAGCUUGUGGAUUGUUCCAUUGAUAGUGUAAAUAAAUCAAACAUACGAAUAGGGAGGAAAUGGUUCCCAGUUUUUUUGGAUUUGAUCCCCUAAAGCAACAGCAACGUGUGAAGCAAAGAAAGAAAUUUUGCAAA